AAACGAGGAAACGAAGCCAGAACUACCAUGGAGGACGACCAGCAGUUCUGUCUCAGGUGGAACAACCACCAAAGUACGCUCAUACAAAACUUCGACACACUCCUCGAAAGCGGGACGCUGGUCGACUGCACGCUGGCGGCGGAGGGGAAGACUCUCAAGGCGCAUAAGGUUGUUCUCUCCGCGUGCAGUCCAUACUUUGAGUGCCUCCUCAGCGAACACUAUGACAAGCAUCCAGUGUUUAUACUCAAAGAUGUAAAAUUCAAAGAACUUAAGGCGAUGAUGGACUAUAUGUACAGAGGGGAAGUAAACAUUUCCCAAGACCAAUUGGCAGCACUCCUCAAAGCCGCUGAGUCUCUGCAAAUAAAGGGCCUUUCGGAAAGUAAAACUGCUGGCAGUAGUAAGACGGAGUCCAGGCCACAGAAAGCCGUCUCACAACCUACAGCACCAUCGUUAGACAUUCCACACGCGUCUUCCGGUCUGACGAUAGAAAAGAACAAAGUUCCUAGGCAGAGUUUGGCGCAAAGUUCCGUGGGGGAUUUACCGGAGGAUUCGGUCAGUCCUCAGGUGUCAAAAGGGCUCUCCUCGAGGGAAGGUUCGCAAAGUCCAACAGCUAGAAAAAGGAAACGAACUCGGAGAAGAAGCUUCACCGAGGAUAGUAAUACGAUAAUAGAGAACCAGGAUGCAUCGAAUUCCAGCGACAUGCCUCAGCAAAUGGGUGUACCGGCGCUUGGUAUCGCGCCAGUGGCAGACGAGAAAGUACAUUCAGAUCCAACGGACUCUCUCGGCAGGUCAGCUUUAAUGACGCAGUUGACGAAACCCGCCGACGAGAUGUUACAGCUGCCACUUGAAAAACCCGAGCCAAACGAUAACCUCAUCGAGCCAAAGUCUGAAUACCUAGACGAUGCUGAGGAAGGCGUUGAAGACCUGACGCUGGAUGAAGAUAUGAACGAUCUUAAUGACAUGGAACAGGACAACAAUCGAGCUGGACCGUCCCAUGACCCCGCCCAACACCCCGCAGGUCUUGGCUCAUGGCAUGUUACCGGUGACCGAAGUAAUGCGGGGGGUGUUGUGGGCUCUGUGGCAGGAGCUCCCGGGACGACGGAUGAGGUUUUUCUAGCAGCUCAGGAGGCCGCACAGGCCGCACAUCGCGACUCGCAAGAUGCGCCCCUCUUUCCGAUCGUGAGGCCGCGGCUGCACGUGUGCCCUCGCUGCGGCCAGAUGUACUCGUGGGCGUCGAACCUGCGGAAACACCUGAAGAUGGGCUGCGGCAUGGUCACCUUCGAGACGCACUUCUCCUGCCAGUACUGCCCGUACAGAUCGAGGAUCGAGGCGAGCUUCCUCAAGCACCUACUCUCGGUGCACAAUAUCAAGUAGACGUCGCGCCACGGCGACACCCCCGGGUAUCUCGCCGAGCGGCGUCUUCGAUUCUUCCGUAAUCGCGACGUCUCCGCGAAAAAUUCGUCCGAGACUCCUCUCGCGAUCGGAAUCGACGAGAGGCCCAACGAUCUCGAUGAUUCGUUCGCAGGAGAAAGAGCCUCGUCACGGUCUCCUUGAGUCAGAUAAUCCUGGUAGUCGGAUAAUAUCGUACGCCCUGCGGAACUGUCCUCCCGUAGCUUCCCACGCUAUCGUUCGUAAUCCGAAUAGGAAGCUCGCGUGUAUUCGAGCGAAAGCUGGCUGGCGUUGCUUUCUCGACGAGGAGCUGAAAUAUUAUACGAGCUCGCAGCGUGCGCAGCGUUCACGUCCCCCGAUUGCUAAUUUGAAGCUUAUCGGAGCGUUCGACUCUCUCGAAAAAAACGUAAGACGUCGUAUGUAGUUGUAAUAUGACACGUCAUAUCAAUGAUCUGUAUGGUCUAACAAUAAGUGUCGUACUAUAGACUCUGUGUGAUGUCGUCAUUGACGUUCGAGACUCCGCGAGAGCGAUUCUUCGACUGUUUUUAGCUUUAUAUAAGUUGCGAUCGCGACGUUUCGCCGAACUUAAACUCUCGGAGAGAUUAUUUUAUUUCAGACUAUCUUAGGUCCUAAACACGUGGAAGCUAGCUUCUUUCAUUUGCAGAAAAUGUUCGACGUGAGGAAAGUAACUUCGUAGACGUGUACUUACAUUUUAAUUGAGUGAACAAAAUCUAGUCUAAAGGCUGUUUCUUUCGUAAGAUUUCAGACUCAUUUCGAGCCUGCGGUUCGAAGAUAAUAAUAUGGAUGUUUUUAUACAUGUGUUUUAGCAACACUGAGUACAUCUCUUUAAGUACUUUGCUUAAUAUUAAGUAAACCGUGCAAUUAUAAUUACACACACUACGUUCUGAUUUUCAUUGAAAAAAAGGUCCAAGUAUAUUCGCAUCAAGAGUGAUCGAAAUUUUUUGCCAGUUUCUUCCAAAAACACUUCGCUCGAAAUUAUUUAUUAAUCAUAUUUCAGCUUGGGAACCCAAGCUUAAGCUCCAAUUUUAGCGAAAGAUCUUUGUUUCCUUUUAUAGGAAUCUUCGUAACGAAUGUUUCUGUCUUGGCAGAAAUUUUUCUACCUACGCGCAUCUCUCUGUCGAAGAAAACGCCUUUCCGUUCACUGUUGGUGCGAUCAAUAAUAUCAGAAAUUGUCACUCCCAAUUCGUAACUUCAAUAUCACGCGUACGUUAUGCGCGCGCGUGCGUGCGGUAUGUGUGUGUGUGUAUGAAUAUGUGUGCAGAGAGUGUGGCAGGAAAGUCUGAUUACUACGAGACGUUAAUGGUCACGUAACUAUAAGUAUAGCCGCCGGAAGAUGUCGGAGGACGGCGAAAUCAUCGAAGACUACGUAAUGAUCUUAAAAAAAAAGUCAAACCUAUAGGAUUUAAGGAUAAGCGAUAAACUUAAGAGGAUGUCGAUGGAGUCGUUUUUUAACGCGAUUAGUAAUACGCCCUUGUACCGUGCGAUUAUCGUGCAUUAUAGAGACUGCUCGAGUAUAGUGCAAUUUGACUGUAAAUUACGCUAGCUCUCUCCAACUACACACUUAGCCAUGUGGCGUAGCGGACUUUAGACGACAGUUACUUACAUUUAUCGACGUAUCGGCAAUUAAGCGUAUCCCACAACCAGCCAGUUAUUUCAUUUACGACUAUGUAACCGUGAUUAGGGAUAAGCAUGCAUCCGCGGCCUCUUUUACAAUAUACACACACAGACUUCAAUUAACUUUAAUGAGCAUUGAACUUUUCCUUUUAGGGCCUUGUAACGCACGACGUUAUCCAUCCUGUUUUCAUCUUACCGGUUUUUUUUUUACAUCGUGCAAGUUACAGUGAGAUGAGAACAAAAGAUAUUAUGUAUAGAUCGUAGGUGAAUUAUUAUCAGAUACUCGAAGCGCUACUCGUAUCGUCCCAUUAAUCACUUAAACGCAUUAGUCAUUUAUCCAAAUUCGAAACGCUAACUUCGACAUUUCAUAACAUAGGAACGAAAUAAUAUUUCGACGUGAGAAAACGAGUCUGAGCUGAUUAAAUGUAACGAAGCCUACACGGGAGCCUCGUAAACAGAAGAAGGUACAGAAGUUUCGGAAGCUGCAUAUCGAGAGACGCAUCCUAACGGAAUCGGAAUCCACCUAAUCGCUCCGAGUGAGGGAAUUUGUAUCGAUGCUCGUUACAAGGAAAAAAAAAUUAUUAUUAUCGCGAAGUUUCUUACUGCGUAACGUGAAUGAUAACGUACAUUCGGCAGAUGACGAUGUUAGAGUGACGAUAACGAUGUGAACCACCUGUCUACGAGACGCACCGCUAAUGUACUUUAUCCAAUCGAUAGAUCAGUAGAUCGAUAGAUCGGUGAAGCCACAUGUCGCGUCGGCUGCGCUACGCAGCGAUUAAGUGUUUGUGUAACGAUGUUUCGCAUUCGUUUGCUUUCUAAAUAAAUACCUGUGUACAUAUUCGCA